CAAUCUUUGUAAUAAAUUAAAUAUGUGUCGGAACAUGUUUAUAUAGAGUCAUGAAUCCUUUAUUUAAUUGCGUCUAAUAAAAAUUAUAUUCAUGCUUGUAUUUAUUGAUCAUUUGACAAACUCAACAAUUUUACUAUCAUAUUCUCAAACACUCAUCGCCAAACUGCUCCUCCAUUUCUAGAGAGAGUGAGAGAGAGAGACUUUGCUUUGCCCAUGAUGUUUGAUCUCAAUCUGAGCGUCGACUGUAACGGGAAGGCGGAUCAUCUCCACUCUCCGGCGACGUCCGUUUCAUCGGUCGUCGACGGCGGAGGCACCACCUCCAGCAACGACGACUCGUGCUACACACGCGCAGCCGUCACAUUGAACUUCGACAUCGUCGUCGAUCGCGAUCGCGGGCUGGUGACGCGGGAGCUUUUCCCGGAGAGUGGACUCGGCGAGUUGAAGAGUGACCCGGUGAGUCGGAUGGAGGUACUACCGCCGCCACAGAAGGUGCAACCGAGAAAGAGCCGCAGGGGGCCUAGAUCGAGAAGCUCGCAAUACAGAGGUAUUACGUUUUAUAGAAGAACUGGCAGAUGGGAGUCACAUAUUUGGGAUUGUGGGAAACAAGUUUAUUUGGGUGGAUUUGACACUGCUCUUGCGGCUGCAAGAGCUUAUGAUAGAGCUGCAAUAAAAUUCCGAGGCGUGGAAGCCGACAUCAACUUCAAGCUCAGCGAUUACGAGGAAGAUAUGAAACAGACGAAGAAGAUGUCCAAGGAGGAGUUUGUGCAGAUACUGCGUCGACAUAGCACCGGAUUCUCCAGAGGAACCUCCAAAUACAGAGGCGUCACGCUUCACAAAUGCGGCCGUUGGGAGGCUCGAAUGGGCCAGUUUCUCGGCAAGAAGUAUAUAUAUCUUGGGCUAUUCGACAAUGAAGUAGAGGCAGCAAGGGCUUAUGAUAAGGCAGCUAUCAAGUAUAACGGUAGGGAAGCUGUCACUAACUUCGAGUCGAGCUCAUACCACGCCGAGAUCAUACCAGAAUCAAGCUGUCUCGAUUUGAACUUGGGGAUUUCGACGUCUUCUCCCAAAGAGAUUCAAUGUUUUCAGAUCCAGCCUUACCAAGUUCAAAAGCUCCAUGUUGCUGCUACGAGACCGGAGUUGGAUGGAUAUCCGGUGACAUCCCAAUGCCCUAUUCUGUUGCCGGCUCCAAAUUAUGAGGAAAGGGCGGGUCAUGGCAUGAGUUCCAGUUCAGAGGAAGUAGUGAAGUGGGCGUGGCGAAUGCAUCACACCACACCAACUACUGCAGCAUCAUCAGGAUUCCCGUCACCUCUCUUCUCAAAUUCUACUCCGUCCCUCAACCUCUGCUUCUCGUCAAAUCCCACCAACGUCCUCUCCUCGUCCCAGACCCCGCCACAUUAAAUUUUUCUUCGCUACACCCUUUUGCUGUCAUUCUUUUCUUCAAUGGAAAUAUUGAAUACUUUGGUUUGUUAAUGGAGGUUUAGUAGAUGUUUCUUGAUGUUAGAAGAGCACCUCUACCCCUCCCCCUCUGUAUCAAAUAUAUUUCUUUUUACACGAUUUUGUAGAUGAGAAAUGUAUACUUAUUAUA